GAGUCUCCAGCGGCACUCUGCGCGCCCACAGGAGGAAGGAGCCACAGCGCUGCGCUCUCUGCGCACUGAGUCGCCAAGAACGGAGACGACUGAUGAGAAGAAACGGAUGAAACUACUUUCUGAUGGACCAAAUUGUUUAAUUUGGAAACGGUUUCAAUAAAGUCUGUUUCCCAAUUCAGAUCAUUUGCUGAUGACACCCAACCCGUCUUGCAACAAGCUACUUCUUGCAGCCGGUUGCCCUCAAGAAGAUCUCUAUUUUUUUUUUUGCACACAUUGAGCCUUUCCUGAAAGACUAAAGUGAUGUGAGGAUCUAUGGAAGCUGACAGCGUGGUUGGAUAAAUGGAUGAGCUCUGCAGCUGAAGGAAAACGUAAAAAAAAAAAAAAACCCACUAUCUGCUUUUCAAAGACUGAGUGGAUCAGGACUUGGAACAUCAGCAGAGAGGCGAUGGACCUUCUGAUCGGGUCUGGACCCAUGUGUCUGCUCGCCCUGCAGCUGGGGUGCACCGUGCGUCAGAGCCGCAACAUUUCACAUGUUGAAAAUUCAUCCAAACUGCACCUGACGCGUCUCCGUCUAUUUUAACUGAAAAGGACUGACUAUGUCUCCGGUGCAGAACAGGAAGCUGACUCUAAACUGGGUCCUGACCUUUGUUUUGCUGCUGGCUGCUCCCGGCUCCCUCGCCUCCCCGCAGAGCGCCUAUUGGAGUUCUGUGUGGGGUCCUUCCAGUGACACUAUAUCAGGACAUCCAGGACGUGUACGACGGCAGCUGCAUUAUAGAAAUGAGUGGGCAGCAUGGAGCAGCUGGUCUGUUUGCUCGCGCAGCUGUGGGGGUGGAGCCUCUGUACGGACUCGCACCUGCAUCACCAGAAACCCAGUUGGUGGACCAUGUGCUGGAGAUCCAAGACAGUACAAGAUCUGCAAUACCAAGGACUGUCCCCCUGGAUCGGAGGAUUUUAGAGAGAUGCAGUGUGCUGCCUUCAAUGAUAGACCAUUGGUGUCAGGAACCUCCUUCAAAUGGACCACAUUUCAUGGAGGUUCCAGCCCCUGUGAACUCAGCUGCCUGGCUGUGGGACACAAUUUCUACUACAACUUUGGUCAUGUGCUUGACGGUACGACCUGCAACAAGGAGUCUGGAGCAGUGUGUGUCAACGGACGCUGUCUGAAGCCUGGAUGCGACUCAAUCCUGGGUUCGAAGCAGCAAGAGGAUGCCUGCAUGGUGUGUGGAGGACACAACACCACCUGCCUACACCACAAGAGUGUGUACCAGAGCAGCAGGCUGGAGGCAGGGGGGCCUUUUGGAUACAAUGAAGUGACCAUGAUCCCAGCAGGAGCGACUCAUAUCCGCGUCACCGAUAACAGCAGGAAUUAUCUUGCGCUGCAGAAUGGCAGAGCCCAGUUUGUGAUCAAUGGAAACUGGAAGAUCAGUGUUCCUGGUGAGUACAGCAUAGCUGGGACCAAGCUGCUGUACCGGCGCUCUGCAGACACCUGGGAGAGCUUUGAGGUUCCAGGACCAACCCAAGAAGACCUCCAUCUAAUGGUUUUGUCGACAGACAAAAACUCGGGAAUCGAGUAUGAGUACUGGCUUCCACCUGACCAGUAUGCCCUCUACCAUGGGAGGAGGAGCCCUGUGCGGCAGGCUCACCAAACAGCCAGCUACUUCCCCAGAAUCCAACCAACCACAUCAACCACAACCACUACCACUACUACCAAGGCAACUCCAAACACCACCCGGAGACCCCACUGGUUUCUGAAUUAUUUGAAGCCUUCCCAUCAGCCUUUUCCCAAUAACCACCAGCAUCAUCCUCGUCAGCCCAUCACUCGUCUGGAGCGGGAGGAAAACCACAGAAACCUCCUUCCUCAGGCCCCACCUAGAAAGCAUUGUGGAAAAUGUCGGAGAGUGAAAGGAAGAGGGGAACGCCAGAGACAGUACUGCCAAAAGGACUUUGUGUUUCGUGGCAGAGUUCUUGGGAAGCUCUACAGAGGUGAGGAGACUCGGUAUGAUGUCCAGAUCAUCCACACCUAUCGGAACCGCUUCCGCCUGGAGCACAGAGAGUUUCUGUGGGUCCCGAACCUGUGUGACUGCCCUGACCUACAGGUGGGGAAGCAGUAUGUCCUGAUGGUGCGUCGACACAUUAACCAUGAGCACACGCUGAACCGCAUCCUGCUGGAGGAGGAGAGCUACGUGGUGCCGUACAAACCCAGAGAGGACAAGCUGCUGCGACCGUUGGAGAGGCUCUGCAGCAACAGAGGGCCAAAACUUUCUACAGAAAUAGUGUAGUUUGUGAGCAUAAAGCUCAGAAAUAUGUUUUUUCAAAUGUGGACUUUAAAAUUUAUGGCCCAAUGAGCGGAAUGUGGCAUCACUGGAGGACCUUUUUAGGUUUCAUCUUUGUUUGAAACAUGCCACAGUAUGAAUACAAAUAACACAUUUUAUGGUUAUUUAAAAGCUUGGCCAGUUUACCAUUUAAAGCACUUUAGGUGUGUACAAUGCCCACCUUAAACAAAUGCCAAAGAGAAGGACAGUAAAUGAAAAGUCUUUUCUUCAUAAAUGUUAUUCCACAGAAACCUCUUAGUUUAUUCCUCUGUAAUGAAUUUUACCAGACUUUCUUCCAAGGACUCAUUGCAGAUGUUUAUGGGGUGAUUUCUUUUUUCUGUUGCAACUUUUUUGUGGCACUGUUUUGUGGAACUUACAGCAGUGAAUUAAAUUCAACUUUACAUAGCAACAAAGUACACGGGACAAUUCCUCAUUUUGAAAGAUGGCUGCAAUUCUGCAUCUGUUCCAAGCCAAACAGUAGUAAGGUUUAUGAACCACUCUAUGCACAAACCACUGUGACAUUCGUAAAGCUGGAGAUAUUUUAGCAUGUCAGAAAUGCACCUCAGUCUUGGCCCCACUCUGUUAGCUGUUAGCGAGCAAACUGACAUAAGAGAAACAAAUGACCCCACUGGUGCUGUUGGGCUUCUAAUGAUAUUUUUGUGAAAUUGCUAUAAAAAUUAAAGCUGCAGUUACUUUAAGAAGAGAAAAAUUGUGCAAAAAUAAUUUUUUUUUUGAGGAUUACAGAAACAAAGUAAUCAAAAAAAAUAUAUAAAAAAACUCCAUUUGUGGUCAUACAUUUUUCUUUUCAAAGUACCUAAAUGUUUAUUCUUUAUAGGUUAAAAAUUAUAUAUACAGGCACAGUUAUAUAUUUUACUGAUUGGUGACAAAAGAUGUAAAAUGCCUUCUAACCUGAUGGGCCAAAUACUCCUGGUUAAUUAUCAAGAUUAAAUACAGCCAAUAUAUGCUCUUUGCGCAUAAAAAGUAUGAAUAGAUUCAGUUUAAACAUUGUUUAUACAUUGUUGAAGUUUGUAAUGGCUUUGAUGUGAAUAAUGUUGGCACAUACCACAAAGUUGAUGCAAUAAUAAAGAAGCAGCUCAAACAUUUUGUAUGUAUAACUUAAACCCUAUUAGGAUUACAAAAUAUCCAAAACAAAGCAAAAACAGUUAAAAAUAUAGAAGCUGUUACUUGUAUAAUUUUUCAACAAUUAAAAAAGAAGAGUUCAAAUAAAUAACUAGAAGCCAAAAAGUGAUAUAAGAUUAAUCAACAGACGACUCGAUUUAAUCUCCUCACUUCUCUCUCAAAAUCGUGUGUUAAACAAGUAGGAUAUUGAAUGGGAAUAAAAUCACAAGAGUACGGUACUCCUUUUUACAAACUCUGAACUUUCUCUUUAAGGACACUUUGUAAAUUAUUAAAGUUAUAUGGUUAUAUCUGAACAGUAUCCCUGAGUGGUUUAGGUAAAAAUGACUUAAAUGUUAAGAUAAACUUUAGUGCUUCAUAUUAAAUUUCACAUAGUCAUUAACCAAAGAUGUCAAUUAUUUACAACUGGACCUACUUCUUGCUGAACUGUACUUGGGUUCAUCAGACUUUUUCUGCUCUGAAAACAAACCUUCCCUUUUGUAAGAACAUCUCACACUGUUUAUUAAUUAAUGUCAUUUUGAUUGUCCAGAUGACUGACCUUUUGGUAAAUUGAUCAAUUCUAUUUGUUUUGGGGGUUUUUUAACCGGUGUAAGUGUAGUUAUGUAAGUUUUUUUCAGAUUUUUUAAUGUUUUUUUUUAAUUGUGGCCUUGAGAGUUUGCAAAAUUUCAGCAAGGCAAAGUUUCAGCUCCAGUGCUACAAAUAAUAAACCAAAAAUGUUUCAUAACUGUUUAUUCAGCAUAAUUCUUACACAAAUUGGUUUGACCUGUUAUGUCAAUGGUUGCUAUCUGUUGCCGAGUGUGACUAGCUGUGUUGCAUUUCUGUUCAAAUGAAUAAAUGUUAUCGAAAGAUCUUUAUUUUUGAAGAGAUUUAUGAAAAAAAAUGUUUUUUUGCUUUCAUUUGAUUUAAGAAUAGAAUUUAUUUGUUGACGUCGAAUUUUUGUGUAUAAAAUAAGCAUCAAUCUGAACACAUUACUUGUAUAUCACUUGCAUAAUGGUCGGCAUAAUGUAUUUUUGCUUAUUUGUUGUAUUAUUUGUUAUUUGUGAUAUUAUUUUCUGCAGCAUGUAAUCAGCUGAGUUAUUUGAUGUUUUACAUUAUAUGUAUAUUUAAAUAUUCAGUUUUUUUUUAUUUCUGGCACUGAUGAGAUACAAAUAAGCAUAGUUUAAACAGAAUUAUUCUGCGGUAUUUAAUGUGCCUUGCCUCUUUUACUCUCAAACCUCACAAAGCUGUGCAAAAGGUGUUUCUGCAGUCAUUUGUUGCCAAAAUAAUAAAAGAAGUUUUGAGUGCCAA